CAGGCACCCCUAAUCCCGAGGCCUGCUCGCUAGCGACCUCCGGAGGGCUGGGCCGGUUUGGGGCGCGGUGUGGCGAGGGGACCCACCCCGUCUUCCCGACUAUUUGCAUAACGGAGACGGCUAGUUUCCCCCGCCCCUUCGCCGCACUCUUCUUCCCUCCUUCCCGCGUCCGCGCCACCCCUCAUCCCCUGUCCCCCCGCUCCUCCCCAAAGACCCUCCUUCAGGGACUCUUGCGUUGGGGCUCCCAGCUCCCGGGCUCUCUGGCCGCCGCCGGGCGAGGAGUCCGGAGGCAUCCGGGGGAGGGGAGUCCCGCGCAGGGCCGGGCUCGGGAAGACGCCUGGGGCACUGCCCCGCGCUAACAAAGGGAACCCGCUGCCUGCCGGCUGGGGGCGUGGAGCUGGCGGAGCUGCCGCAGCUUCGGCGGCCGAGAGCGCAGCGAGGCCUCGCGACCCCAUCACCUGAUCUUGUGCAUGGCAUUUGCUUCUCACAUUGUGCCCACUACCUUUCCUUUAAAGGAACUGGGUCUACCACCAGUUCCCUUAUUUAUGGGCAGAGUAGAGUGAAUUGUGUAGAGAUCUGCAAAGAGCAGCUUAGAGAGAAGCAGUGAAGUCCUGGACCGCAGCUGAAAUGAACUGGCCCACUUGAACCUGCCCAAGUCCUGGGGCAAGGCCUCUGUCCCAGUGCUGAGGCUGGGUCUGGAACAGCUGGGGCAGGCAGGAAUGAAGGCCCCUUUAUCUUCAGGGCUCUGAUCCGGCAGGAUUUCCCCCUCCCUCCCAUUAGCCUGGCAGCGGGGCUGGUCCUCAGUUAAUUCCUUCAGUAACACGGGAACAUUGUCGAGUUUUUUGGCCGUGAGGCAUGCGGGAUCUCAGCUUCCUGACCAGGGAUUGAACCUGCACCCCCCUGCAUUGGAAGGCGAAGUUCUGUCUGACCACGGGACGUCCAGGGAAGUCCCUUAACCGUAGAUUUUGCACCAUUAUAAAUCAUUUUGAAACUGAAAGCUAUUUUUCUUUUUGCACAUGCAUAUUGCUUUAUAAAACUCAUUCUUUACUUCAUGAAUCUUCUUCCAUUUCUCACCACAGCCGUGUAAGAUGCUUUUUGAUCAUCCUGAGAAAAAUGAGCCUUGGCCUCCAGACCCAAUAAAGCGAACAUUCCUCCCAUGGGGAAUAGUGCUGGUUCCUGAGGACCUGGAGGGCCUGCAGCCCCAGGGGGAUUAGCCAGAAGCAGGCCUGUUUUCCUGCUCAGGACAGCGUGGCUUCCUUGAACAUGUCUUUCAUUAUGAUUCACACUAACUUGAAGAAAAAAUUCAGCUGCUGUGUGCUGGUCUUUCUCCUGUUUGCAAUCAUCUGUGUAUGGAAGGAAAAGAAGAAAGGGAGUUACUAUGAGUCCCUUAAACUGCAAACCAAGGAAUUCCAGGUGUUGAGGUCUGGUUCCCAAUCUGUGUCUUCAAGCGGCACCCACAGCCCCCAGAGCGGCAGCCGGGCCCUCAGUGGUCCCAGGGCCAAGCCGGAGGCUACCUUCCAGGUGUGGAACAAGGACAGCUCCACCAAAAACCUUACCCCCAGGCUGCAGAAGAUCUGGAAGAAUUAUCUGAGCAUGAACAAGUACAAAGUGUCCUACAAGGGGCCAGGGCCUGGUGUUAAGUGUGGUGCAGAGGCCCUGCUUUGCCGCCUUCGGGACCACGUGAACGUUUCAAUGGUAGAGGCCACAGAUUUUCCCUUCAACACCUCUGAAUGGGAGGGUUACCUGCCUCAGGAGAACAUUAGGACGAAGGCUGGGCCGUGGGGCAGGUGUGCUGUCGUCUCAUCAGCGGGAUCUCUUAAGUCCUCCCAACUGGGUCAAGAAAUAGAUGAUCACGAUGCAGUCCUGAGGUUUAAUGGGGCACCCACAGCCAACUUCCAACAAGAUGUGGGCACGAAAACCACCAUUCGCCUGAUGAACUCUCAGUUGGUCACCACAGAAGGGCGCUUCCUCAAAGACAGUUUGUACAAUGAAGGAAUCCUAAUUGUAUGGGACCCGUCUGUUUACCAUUCAGAUAUCCCAAAGUGGUACAAGAAUCCCGACUACAGUUUCUUCGAUAACUUCAAGAGUUAUCGUAAGCUGCAUCCUGAUCAGCCCUUUUACAUCCUCAAGCCCCAGAUGCCUUGGGAGCUGUGGGACGUCAUUCAAGAAAUCUCCCCCGAGCAGAUUCAGCCAAACCCCCCGUCUUCUGGGAUGCUCGGCAUCAUCAUCAUGAUGACACUGUGUGACCAGGUGGAUAUUUACGAGUUUCUCCCAUCCAAGCGCAAGACUGACGUGUGCUACUACUACCAGAAGUUCUUCGACAGCGCCUGCACGAUGGGUGCCUACCACCCACUCCUCUUUGAGAAGAACAUGGUGAAGCACCUCAACCGGGGCACAGACGACGACAUUUACCUGCUUGGAAAAGCCACGCUGCCUGGCUUCCGGAGCAUUCGCUGCGGAGCAUAAGCUGCCUGGCCAGGCCCCCUCACCCUUCUCCAUCGGGCAUUUUACAGCUGGUCUCCUGGCCACCCUGGGCCCAG